AUGUCUAUGAAGGAGAAGGUAGAAUCGAAACCGGUCUCAGAGACGAAAAGCAGAGCAGAAACUCUGCAGGAAAUGCUGUUCACCAAGGAAUUUUACGAGCAGGACAGAGCUGGUACCAUGAAGUCCCAAACACGUUGGCGUGGAAUUUUUAGCUAUUUCACGGCUUUUGUGUCUGCUGUUCAUUCUUUUUGCGCAAAUCCUGUGAAACACAUACUUGGAAUUUACAUUGUGGACGAUACCAACAUUCGGAUGGCCGAGCCAGAUGGUAGCAGCGCUGUGUAUUCUGCUAUGAACGCAAUUCAGUUCGUCACCAUUCGUUCCAUCGCUGACAAGCUGUGCCACUUCCGAUUGCACCAACCAAUGGUUUGCUUGGCGAAUGCCACAGCGGCCACGCUGCACGCCCAUUCCACCGCUUGGUUUUUCUGUUGUGCCCGGGGACUGGGAAUGUGCCUGCAGGCUCUUGGGCUGGUAGACGCUCGCGUUUCGGCUAGGUUUCGGUGUGGUAUUUGGGUAACAGAUUCUCUGAGAGCAAACUCCAAGCUCUUCUGUUAUGAGCGUGCAGCACUUCAAGAGCAGCAUGAGGAUGGCACUGCAGGGGAGGCUGGAGCGAGAAGCGAGACACGACUUGGCAUGCAUAUCACUUGUGGUAUACAUAAGCUCUCUCUUAUACGUCGACCCUUGGUCUUGAUGGUGCCAUGCUACUGGUCAACGCUGGUAAGGCUCGCCCAUUUGUUUGAGGGGCGGGCAUUCAAGCAAAAAUUCAGAGAAGCUUUAGCUUGCGUGGUCAUGGACUCAUUCAAAAAGGUGGAAGUCCAUACUUUGCCUUCGGAGAUCAAACAGUGGCAAUCUGCAGCAGAAAUGGUUUUCAGCAGCUGCGAGCCGUCUAGGCGCAAGUACAUCGAGCAGGGAGAAGCCCUGUACAAGAGCAUUGUAAACUCAGAUCCGUCGAAACCUGCAAUCAUUCAUUGGUGCCUGGUUGGAGGGUGUUCCUGCAAGUCAUCCUCCACUGAGGAUUGUAUGAUCAAAGUGCUCCGAGCAUGCCUAAACCUUUUUGGGCGCGGAUAUCCGGUUCCACUGCUGCAGCGGUGGAAACACUAUGGGCCAGCAAAUGCUUUUUUUGCACGCGGUUUGCUGCUCCACCGAAUCCUACCCCGUGUCCUGGAGAAUAUGGAGUCGAGCAGGCCCCCGUCGACAACCAAAAAGGCAGAACACCUCCUCGCAAAGGUUGCGGCCCCGCGUGACGAGAUGAUGGUUGAAGUUGAUGCAGCCGAUCAUGAUACUGACGACGAUGCAGCUGCCCUGCCUCAGGUUGAGGAGUCGUUUGCUGAAGUAAACGGACGGCGCUUGCAACAAGUUUGCAAGGCUGUGCGCCGUGAUAGCUUCCUCGAUGACGCGUCCAUUGUGAACAUGCUGUGUGCUCCAAUUGAUCUCGCCAUCAACAAGCUGAUGAAGCGAACUCGUAUUGUGCACACAUUGCGCAACGAAGUGUUGAUGGCAGGAGCAAGCGACAACGUUGGAAUGGCUUCUGAAAGCUUGCGUUUUUUCUUGAAUUUCGCUUCGGGCAAUUUUGGAAUGGACAUCGUGAAAUCCUUUUUGGACAUUAUCGUCCAUACCUCCAAGGAGAGUGUCUGCAAAGGGUUGGGCCCAAGUCCGUCGAGAGCCAAAGAAGUCUGGUGUGGUGCUUUGUUCGGGAUGGCAGAUUCUUGGCGCCGUUUCGUGCAUCAACUGGAUUGCUACCCUUGGAAGCUAUUUGCUUUAUGCCCCAUGACAGAGAAAGACUUCUUCAACCGUUGGUCUGAGUUGCAGCAGCGGCUUUCUGCCUGCCCUUGCUGUUUGGAUGUGGAAAUAACCCAGGGGCUUCUCAGGAGCUUGGGAGAUUUUGGCUCAGACGAACCAGCAUCCCGCAAACAAGUGUAUGUUCAAGUUGUGCAGCUAUUGAUGGACGUUGCAACUUACGCCCCACUCUCCACUGAUGCCGUAGAGGUGUUUCACGGCCAGUUGCAGAAUGUCAUUCACAAGUUCAGAGGACGUGGCAAACUUGCCCGCGCCUGCUCCGAGAGAUCUGUUCUACACUCCCUGGUAGCAGAACACUCGCGAGCCCUGGCCUGCGUAAAGGCAGAGACCCUUCCCAAUGCGCGACUUGUCAGCCUCAUCGAAAGGCCAUGCCCAGCACAUCAGUCUGGCGAACACCCGGUUGCGAAACAGUUGAACCGACAGUUGCGCAGAUUGUGCGGUUGGAAUGUUUUCUCCCGUGAGGCGCUACGUGGUGAAGUGUUACCCAAAGCCGAGUAUGCCCGGAGGGAGAAGCAGAUGAGUCGGCAAUGGAAGCAGAUGAGCACCGAAGACAAAUCACCGUAUGAGGUCCGCGCCGCGUUUGAAACGGAACGACGGGACGUGUGGUUGUCUACUGCGCUGCCUAUUGGGAACGACCGUGAUCAGCAAGCUGUUCACGAAAUCGGGCAACGCAUGGUGCACAAGUUGGCUUACGACCGCUUGCAGAUCAACUACAAACACCUUCGGGAGCAUCAUAGUUGGAAGGCUGGCCUGGGUUUGGGGGACGCUAAUGGGGCACUGAGGGCAGAUCUGAUGGAGACCACAAUGACUGAUUCAGAGAUUGCCGCUGCUUUGGGUCCAGCUUUCAAGCACAUGUCUGACGAGGCUUGGGAAACAACGGUCCCGAAGCUUGCAGAUUGCCCCGGCACUUGCCGCAGCCAAUGUGGCAUUUGCCAGGGAUCCCUGGUUUAUUCCGCAGUGAAAGCACUUGUCAGAGGAUUCUCUCGCCAUGUCCACAACCUCGGCUGGAAAACUGGGGCAUUGUUGCAGUUCUGGGCUGAAGGUGGUAGUCCUGCGGAUGCUGACUGCGUCACGGCUUUUUUGGCUAUGACAGUUUUGCGUCCCUCUGAACACGUCCUGGUGCGUGCAAGCACGGUGGGCAACGGAAGAGUCGCGAUCAGUCUUCUGCCAGAUUCAGGUUUACCUGACUUCGUUACAUCCCACGAGCUGUUCGAAUCUAUGCUGACUUCGCAAACUGCUGGCAAUGCAAGAGCUUUGAGGCACAAGAAAGUGUGUGCACGCCAACUGGAUUUCGAUCUGGAUGCCUUCACCCCUGGUCAGGAGGCUCACUCGUUCCUUGAGGUCACGGUCAUCAAGGAGCACGAUAGACCGAGGCCAGCUGCGCAGGCCACAGAGCUCAGGGCUGUCGUCGCUCAUGAGAGCAGUUCCGAGUCCGGAUCUGAUGGUUGCGCUUCGACUGGCUCUUCGCCAUCAAACGUUGGGUCGAGCGGGGCUUCUGCUCCGGUGUCCGACAACUCCGAUUCAGAAGAUGACAUUGUUGCGGCGCCCUCAACAACGGUGGAAGAAACAUCGCGGGAAGUCCCUUCCAUUCUUGUAGAAGUCCAGGAGCAGCGUGAGCUUCAAUGGCAACAGCAGGGCAGCGCCGUGGAGCGUGCUUCUUCCAGCAGUUUUUUUGCCACAGAGAUUGGCUUUUGCGAAGGGGACUUAGCCAAGACUGGCAGGAGCAAGUGCCGCCACUGUGGCGAUCCCAUUGCCCGUGGCUUGCCUAGGUUUGCUUAUCACUACAACCGGUAUAGGAGCUUGCAAGCGAAGCCAGAAGCCUUCUCCGACAAUUGGCAGACUGUUGAAAUGUUGUUUUCAAGCUUUUCGAGCACUCUUGCACCUGCCCCGAUGAAGUUUAUGCUGACCGGUGUCUUGGACAGUGGCGAGGAGAUCGGGCUGCAGCUUAUUGAACAUUACCACCUCAAGGUCGUCCCACUUCGGGUCGCCCUGCCGGCGUGGUUCCGAAAUGUGCUGGAGCCGACCACAUUGGAUGCCAUCGCGCGGGUUGCUGCUGAGUGGGGGCCACCCUUGCUGCCAGAGAUUUCGAAGGAGGGCAAGAGGUCGCGGAAACAAGAGCAGCAGGAUGAUCUAUUGCGACGGAGAUAUUUGACCAGCCCUCACAAGUACAGCGAGAAGCGGGUGGAUCCAACGCUGGCAGUCAUCGACUUGGGGCGACAGUUGGCAGCAUGUUCGUAUUUUCGCUUAAGCUUAGCCGAGGAAGUGUUCAGCGGCAUGUUGCGUUUCCUCGGAGAAGGUGCUUGUGAGCUCUGCGACCAGGUGUUUGGAACACCGGACAAGGAUACUCCUGAAGAGUAUUCUGGCGAGCCGGUGAUAGUGCAUCCGGUACGAUGUGGUGCGAAGCAUUGUCAUCAAUGCAUUUACAAUGCGAGGGGGUCUUUUAAGAAGACCACAUUGCCAGAGCUAGUGCAAAAGCGUCGGGCACAUUCGCCCCUGAGAAGAAAGAUGCAUGAUCUUCGCAAGAGUGCUCUUCGUGCUCGACUCAUGAAUCCAGGGCGACGACAACGCCACGAAUUGGUAGACAUCAAGAGCUAUGAGAAACGGGACGAGCAGUUUUUGGAAAUUGCCCAGACUGGAACAUGGAAGUCGCUACAGAAGAUUUGCGAAGAGAAGGGCAUGCACAAGCUUAAGACAGAGGCUCAGCAGAAGCGCUUCGUCGAGAAAACUUUGAAGCUAGAGGUGACGCUAGAUGAUCAAAAGCGGCCUGGCGUGGUCUUUGCGCGGGAGGAUGAUGAUGUCAAGGAAGUUCGAAUGGGAAGGCGGCUCAGCCAUUCGAAAGUCCAGAGCAAGGAGGUUGAAAACCGUGAGGAGCUCGAUGCUUUGCAAGAGAAGUCUGCAGGUGCCACGAGGUGCACCAUGGAGCAGAAGGUGCUUGCAGAUGUGCAAGUGAACGGCAGCGAAGACGAAUCCUCCGCUGAAGGAGGGUGCUCGAGUUCAGACUCGUCUUGCGUGCUUGCAAAGGCUCUUGGUAAGAGCAAGGUCAAAGGACAGCCCAAGCGGCGCUUGUCCACCGGCUCCACUACAGCGUCAGUCGCCCCGACCGAUGAGGCGGAGGCAAGAAACCGCAGCGCCUCCAAUCCCCCGAUGAAGAGAUCACGGCACAAGCAGCCUCAGAAUCCAAGUGCCCCCGCAACGUCACCCUCGCCUGUGCCGCAAGUUUCCAAGCAAGCGGAGAAACAGAAGAAGAUUGAUCAGAUCCAGCCAACCCUGCAACAGCUCCGGGCGGUAACGGUUGAGGGAAUGAUGAAGGCUACACCGGGGUGCAGGGCAGCUGAUGCCCGCAACAAGGCGUUGCGGGGUGCGAAGUUGGCAGAAGAAAUCAGCCAGAUUGAAGGCCAGUCCGAAGAGGCAAAGGAACUUGCCCAGCAGUCCAAGUUGCUCACAGACAUGAUCGAAGUGACCGACAUGAUCAGGACAGAAAGCUGCAAUCAGGCGGUGUGCGACCCCGCAGUGGCCGCCAAGUGGAAGGAGCUCAUGAGUCAGCUUCCGAAAUCAGAGAAGCGGUUCAUGUUUCAGGCAAUCGCGGAGAAGUUGCGGCAGGAAGGAGCCCCGAAUUUCAUCAAUUUCAUCCGCUGCAGCAGCGAAAGUGUACCGGAAGUGAGCCUUUCUUUGAGUGACUUCCGUGAUCAGUUCAGCAACGAAGAGAUCUUGCAGUUUCAAUUGAAUCUCUUUCAGAGCAUUUUCAACGGCAUGCUGAAGGAUAAGGGCAAUGCACUUCAGAUCGAGGACAUAGCCAAGCUCUUGCCUCCGGACACCUUCCAGCCACUGAUCGCCAGGACAAGCUUUUCCGCAUCCCACACAUUGACAACUCUGUCCCCGGAUGCUGCUGUCUGGGAGAACAAGACGGGGCUAUCGUUGCAGGUAGUCUUGGAUGCAUCGUUCCUCCAUUGCCUCGCCCGCGUGCAGGCACAGAUUGACAAUGGGGAUCGAGGGUCAGAUGGGCCAGGUGGCAACCGUGUCAGUGCUGCUGACCUGAAGCUCCUCGUGGCGGCAUCCAGCAAGGUCAGUACGCGACUUCGGCUAGCCAUUCGAUCCAGCCCUAGCUUGAGGACUGCACAGGGACAUGCUGUGAAUCGUGCUCAGCAGACAUGCUCUUUGGACCAGCUUUUGGAGAUUGGGCGCAAAGCCCACACCGAUCUCCGGGAGCUUGAAAGUCUGCUUCAGCAGGCAAUGGCCGAUCAUGGGCGUGUGCCGGGUAUCUCGCUGAAGCCAUUGUCGGAGGCGAAGAAAUUGCUCCUUGAGUUGCCAGAUGAUGACUCCGAUGAGAGUGCGAAAGAGUUGCGGGCAUCGCUGGCAACGGAGGUGUCAAAGGCGUCUUCCACGGUUCUGUGUCUCUCCGCAUCGCUUUCGGGGAGCAGUGGCAGUCUUGAUGAUUUGUUAGGCUGGUGUGAGCUCCAGUUCCCGUGCGAGGGCAUGAUGUUCCAGCCCAUGUCGGAGUCAAAGUGUCUGGCGUGGGAGCAGAGAGGAAUGUUGGAGCUGAGCGUCGUUCAGUUCGGCAACAAGGAGGACCGUGAAAUGGCCAAAAGCAUGCUUGGAGCAUGGCACCAGUUGGGAGAGUUCCCAACCAUUGGUGAAGGCACCGCGGGUCUCGACCUCGAUGAUGUGCUUUUGCGGGUGUCAAAGUAUGUUACGACUGUUGCCGCUUGGGGAGAGAAGUCCUUCGAGAGUCAAGAGGCCCCGGCAUUCUUCCAGAAGAUGUUCCCCGCUUUGCGCGAACUUUCCUCGCGCAUGACAUCCUCCACCCUCGCGACAGUGAAGGCCAAGGUCUUUGAACACAAGCCCGAUUUGGAGAAGAUGAACGCAGUCGUGAGCGAGAUGUUCCCCUCCAACGGAAGCUACGCUUCGAAUGUGAGGAGCUUUUUGCAAGGUGUGCAGCACCUGAGCAAAGUGAUUGAGCAGCUCGAGUCCGUUGUGCUCAAGGCCGACAAAUCGCAGGUCAUUUCUGGUGAGCAUGUCCGCUCCCAAUACGAUGCUGCUGUGGCCGCCUUCAGAUUGGACACAGAUCUUGUAGAUGCUGCAGGUUUGAGUGCGAAGGUUAACGCGGGCCUCCACGAGUUCCGCUGUUCCGUGGAGGACUUGCACGAGACGUGCAAGAUCAAGCUCGAGGGCAUCCAGACUUUGAUGGCGAUGUACGAGAAGAUUAUCGAUGCCACAACAACCUGGGAUACGGCUUUGAUGCAAGAGGUGUUGAGCAUGCCAGAGCUGGAGACGGACGUGGGGGCAAUGCAGGAUCUGUCAGCGUCGCUCCACAAGGAAUGCAUCUACUUGGGCGGUUUGAGUGAACUCCAGGUCGGACCAGAAGACUGGCUUCAGCUCUUUGGGAAGCUUGGUGCGGCAAACAAGCUCAUCCAGGAGAUUUAUACAAAAACAUCGAAAAUCCACGUUGUGGUGGCCUAUGCCGAGCUGGUGCUGCAUCCGGACAAGUAUGAUGCACAUCCUGCCUUGAUCGAGACAGGAAAAGCCGCGCAAAAGCUGGGAGUGGAUGCUUUGUUGCCAAAGCGGCUCAUGACCGAGGUCGGGCGAGCACUGGCGCUGCACGACAAGAAGGCCCCCCAGCCGGUGCCAGCAAUGGAUGACAAGAAGGGUGCGAAGAAGAAGGACAAAGACAAAAAGGACAGAAAGCACAAACACGAGGAGCCGGAGGCCCAUGGCAAGAAGAGCAAGAAGCACAAACGUGAGUGA